AUGAAUUAUAAAGUAAGCCAUGGAGCACAUAUAGCUAAUAUCAAGAAAAAUCAAUGUUUUCUAACCUCAAAAUCAAAAUAUCAUUUUUUAUGUGCUUCUAAAUCGCCAAAUGAAGCAAAAUUAUUUAUCGCUAAAGUUAUCGCUAAAGUUAUCGCCAGGGAUAUUCCAAAACUAAAAGGAAUUGACUCUAUAGUGCACAGUUAUUUCAAUAGAAUCAACAUCGAGAAUUAUUUAGAUAUCAUUAUUCUUUUAGUUCCAUUAAUAACUCAAAAUUUGCAAGAAGAUUUAUGCAAUGUCAUCAAACUAACUAGAUCUUCAGAUUCCAUAAAUUUAGCAGCAAUAAAUGCAAUUUUUAUAUUAAACAGGGCUGAUUUUGAAUUUAGGAAUAUAGAUUUCAGUAGAAUAAAUAUUUCAGGAGCUAAUCUAUCAGAAAGUUUCUUUUUCAAUGUAAAUUUUGAAGGCAGCAACCUCAAAGCAGUAAACUUCACUCAAUCGAAAUUAUCCAACUGCAAUUUUCGGAAUUGUGACUUCAGAGAUGCCGUUUUUAGUAACUUUAUAUUUUUUGGGAAGCAUAAGAAGUUUAUUAAAAUCGUAAAAAUUUCAAAAAAUGACGAACUUCUCCUUGCAUAUAGCGAAAAAUGCGCGAAUUUGUGGAACUUAAAGAAAAAAACGUUUCUUAAGACAUUAUACAUUGAUAUUCGUGAUGCUGAAUUUUCUCCAUGUGGAAAUUUUAUUGCUUUUAUAUGUGAUAACUUUUCACUCUGGAUAUGAGAUAUAAAAAAUAAAGUAAAACCCCAAAAAGUGCAUGAAAAGAUAAGCAAUAUCGCAUUUUCUCCAUACGAAAAUAUAUAG